AUGCUCCCGCCGCCCCCGCGCCAGCCGCCGCCCCAGGCGCGCUCGGCCCGCGGCGCGGUGCAGCUGCAGCGGCCGUUCCUUCGCGGCCCGCUGGGCGUGCUGCGGCUGCUGCAGCUGCUGGCCGGCGCCGCCUUCUGGGUCACCAUCGCCACCAGCAAGUACCAGGGCCCCGUGCACUUCGCGCUCUUCGUGUCGGUGCUCUUCUGGCUGCUGACCCUGGGCCUCUACUUCGUCACGCUGCUGGGCAAGCACGAGCUGGUGCCCGUGCUGGGCUCGCGCUGGCUCGUGGUCAACGUGGCGCACGACUUACUGGCGGCCGCCCUCUACGGCGCGGCCACGGGCAUCAUGAUCGACCAGACGCAGCGCCACAGCUACUGCAACCUCAAGGAUUACCCGCUGCCCUGCGCCUACCACGCCUUCCUGGCGGCCGCCGUCUGCGGCGGCCUCUGCCUCGGCCUCUACCUGCUCUCGGCUCUCUACGGCUGCUGCCGUCGCUACCAGGGCAAGUUGGAGGUGGCGUGAGGCCGCCUGCGCCCGCCCGGGCCGCGACCCGGGCGGAGGACCCUGCCACAUCCCUCCCGCAGCCGUGUCCCUGGCCCCCUCCCCGGCCCUGCGUUCCCACCGCCGCCUGCGCCCAGGAAUCCCGGCCCGUAGUUCCUGCCCGACGGCAGCGCCGCCGCCCUGCGCGUGGUCUCCAGGGAUCUGCGCAGGCUGUGAUUCGAGGGGCGGGCGGACGCGCACUUGGAGAGGGGCCUCCUCGAGGCGAAACUUAGCGAUUCUUCUUUCCCUUCCCGGCGAAGAGCGAGACGUGGACGGGCGCUGCGUAGAUCCGGGGGAGGCUCCCAGAUGGAAACCAGCCUCACGGCUGCGCCGCGGCCGCCUCCCUCCCUGGCGCGCUCGGAAGGGCACCCUCUUUCCCGGCCCCCUUUUCAGCCUUGGAAGCUGUAAAAGGCAGACGCGUGGCCUCGGCUGGCCCCGGGCUGGGCAACUGGUUUGAAUUUGGCUUGGGGUCGUGCGAGCAUCCUGGCAGCCUGCCCCUGCCUAUCCCUCGGGGCUCUGAUGCCUCGGCGAUGGGGCCCUGCUGCAGAGGUGGGGAUGGGUGAGAAGGGCCCCUAAGCUGUGCCUGCACCCCCGUGGAGUCUUCGCUCGCCCCCACCUACUCACAGGCCAUGCAGAGGGACACGCGAACCUCGCUGACCUCGUCCUGACGCGGCCUCCUCCCCAGCCUCCUCACAGGCUUCUGCCGCACCCCAAUCUCGGUAUCUGUUGCCUUAAGAUCUCACUAUCGCGGAAGGUUAGGGUGAGCCCACCCGUUGUUUCACAGUGGGUGACUCACAGCCUGCUCUUGGGAACAGCCACAGUAAGAUCAGAGCACGGUCCCUGGACCAUAGGUCCAGCGCUGUGACAUCAAAGCAGAGGGUGUUCUAGGAACCCCAGCUCAGGAGCCGCCUUUAAAAGUUUCAUGGCCAGAUGGGUUCGACGAUGGUGCUAGCUCCCUUUCUUGGAGAUCCACGACGCCCAUGAGCGUAUCAGAGACUGUGGAAGGUCCGGGUGUGAAAGCAGCCCAGGGAUCAAGUUUGCUGUGUUAACGCCCUGGGCCUGGACUGUAUUCCAGCCUUCAGGUUCUAAGCAGUCAGGCAGUUUCUGUGUAAAGUGAGCAGAGCAGUCGCCCCUCUGCAGCCAGAGACUUUGGAGCUGGUGAACUUGAACUUGAACUUUACAUCAUUGGAGAAAAGAAGCCAACGCUAUCCUGAUGGUUUCCUAGUCUGGAGCAAAGUCAACUGUACAAGAUGCUGGCAUUGACCGUGGCAGCUGGCAGAGAAGGUGUGGAACCAGGGUGAAUGGCUCGCCAGGCCUCCAUGGUUUCUGCGUUGCUGGGGCCCAUGGAGCUUCCCAGGGCUGAUCCUGCUCACCUCCGCCAGGGCCCACUUCCUGGGCUGGAAGCACCAUUUCGGCCAGGGCCAACAGCAGGAAUCCGGGUCUUCCCUGGCAGCAGAGGCAAGGGGAGAGGAAAUGCCCUCUGCCCAGCAGCUUCCUUGGCUUCCAUCAGAUGGAAGAGCCACGAUGCAUGAAGACUGAUUGUGCCUGAACCCAAGAGAAUUCCUGAUUCUUCUUGUGCUCUGAUUUGGACACAAGAUCUCAGACACCUGGGACUGAGCUAUGCACCCUGCACCCUAAACAGUGGGUUUCAUUCCAGCUUUUGUUCUUUUUCCUUUUGUCUUUUUGAAAAAUCACCAUCUAAGUUGCAUCCUCAGCUUGGCUCCAGUCCCCCAGGAUCUCCCUCCCAGCCUCCCGCCGCCCCCCCUUGGUGCGCUCUUAGUGGUCACGUGACUUUCCUGGGCGGCAGGAGUCUUCUCCUUCCAGAUGUGCCCAUAGCACGCUGGAGCCCACUGCUCUUCCAGAUGUGCCUUCCCGCUUGGCUUCCGGUGGGUGGCGGUGCUUGCCUGCCACGUGUGAGAUGGAUACACAGGACUGCCACCAUCCCCACCCCACCCCCACUCUAGGCCCUAUAGCCUAGAGAGGGUCACUCGACCCAGCCCAGGACUUCUGGAUCCUGGGAGUGGUCUCACAGGCCUCCCUCUCGGGACACCAGGACUCAGGCCAGUCCAAGGUCACCCUGGGUAGCAUUUCUACAGUGUUCUACAAAGAACAACGGAGGGAGGGGUGAGGAUGGUGAGGGAGAGGAUGCCAAUGUGCCUUGUUCUCUAGUUUAGUGGUGAUUACUAAUAUGCUUUUCUGAAUAAAGUUUGGUUUCUCUGA